GCUCACCGGCACCAUCAACUCUGCUCUCGCCGUGCCGAUCCCAUUUGAUGCGUUCAAUGCAUCUGUACAUGCGUUUUAGCCGCGAUCGCUUAUAAUAUCGUACUUAGCGGGUCGGAGGUGGGAGAUCACUUCCCCGCGCAAUGCUCGGCGGGCCCGAUUGACUAAAAUGCUCGUGACUCACCACGGUCAUUGGCUUGUAUAUGUAGCAAGUGAUAGGAGCUCACUGGCUUCUGGCACCGGGUUCCCUUUGGAUUACUUCCUUUUCUCUGUUUUACCUUCACUUUAACAUGGCUCAGCAUGAGGACGUUCAAACCGAGGUGGCGGCUCGCGAUGAGCGGACGCCUCUCAUCCAGGCUCAGCCGCAGAGCCAGAGCAAGAUCAAAAAGCCCAGGACGCCUCUGCCAAAGGUACAGGUCGGCAUCCUUUCCCUCGUACAACUUGUGGAACCGAUAUCCUCUCAAAGCAUAUAUCCGUAUAUCAAUCAACUCAUACGAGAACUUGACGUUACCCAUGGAGACGAGCGGAGAGUGGGCUAUUACGCGGGUCUUAUAGAAUCCCUGUUUUUUGUUACACAAGCAUUAACAACACUUUCAUGGAGUCGGCUGUCAGACCACAUCGGGCGCAAACCCGUCAUUCUCAUCGGGCUCUCGGGCCUGUGUAUAUCUAUGCUUUGCUUUGGCUUGUCGCGGACAUUCACGACGUUGGUGCUCAGUCGGUGUAUAUGCGGUAUGCUGAACGGCAACCUCGGAGUCAUGAAGAGCAUGAUGGGCGAGCUCACGGACUCAACGAACAUGGCGCAAGGCAUGUCGCUGAUACCUAUUGUGUGGUGUGUGGGAGCAACUCUCGGACCCUUCGUCGGAGGUGUCCUCGUGAAACCAGCGGAUAGAUGGCCACAUGUGUUUUCUAAUCAGUUCUGGCGCGAAUAUCCAUACUUCCUCCCUUGCUUGGCUGCCUCUGUAUUCACUGUCUUUGCAAUUCUUGUCAUUGCGCUCUUCCUAAAGGAGACGCUACCAAGCAAGAAGAGCAAAAAGCCCGCCCUCUCUGAAGCAUCAGAAGAUCCUCGACCCGCCACCGAAGAUGCGCCUUUACCUAUGCGUGCUCUCUUCGUUCCCUCGAUCCUCAUCCCCGUCGGAAACUACGGCCUCCUUGCUUUCACAGAGAUUGCGUACCUGGCCCUGCAGCCCUUGUUCUACUCCACCCCUACAGAGCUCGGUGGGCUUGGCUUCUCCCCUGCCAUCAUCGGCCUGUGGCUCGGACUAUUUGGCCUCUUCGACGGGCUCACGCAGGCCCUGUUCUUCGCGCCUAUCGUCAAUAGAGUCGGGGCAAAGUGGAUGUUCAAUCUCUCCAACACUUUCUUCAUCCCCAUCAUUGCGCUGUUCCCGAUCAUGUCAUGGUAUGUCACGCGCUGGGGUGUGGACACGUUUAUUUGGGCGUGUCUCGCUCUGCAGUUAAUCUUCCAGAUUAUCAUGGACAUGGCGUUUGGGUGCAUUGUGAUGCAUACCACUGCCGCUGCUCCGUCCAAGCGUUCUCUGGGAAGCGUGAAUGGUCUUGGGCAGACGGUAGCCGCAACAGCUCGAGCUGUUGGACCGGCCCUGGCUACCUCCAUUUUUGCAGCAUCAAAGCAGUACAAUCUGCUUGGAGGAAACCUCAUCUAUGUGCUUAUGCUUGCUAUUACGUUCUCGUUGUUGUACUUGGGGAGUAUGCUGCCAGAUGAGCUACCAGAUAGGGACUAGACGGCAUACUGACCGUGCCUUGGGAGAAUAUAAACGACGUUC